GACACCAUUACGUCAGCGCCGAAACACCGAACUAAACAAGCCGUUUUCACACAUGCGUGAGCCUCUAGCAGGGAGGGCGAGUCUGCUCAGUCUGAACAGACCUGCGACACAGGAGCCUGUCCUUCGAGUGGAGCUGACUCUUUUUAACACUGCCUUCACUGUCGUGCUCUAAAUAAAACCCUCUCGGUCCGGUCCGGUCCGGGACGCAUCGCGCAUUGACGAGACCUCCGCGACGAGCAUGUCCGCGAAGCCCAGCGAGGAGCCAGGUUCAGAGGGCGGGUGGUACGGAGACGGUUUCGAGAAGAUGGAUCGGUUUGGGAACGCCGCGGCCCGGUUUGACGACUCGGAGGAUGGGCGGCAGCUGCGAGACGAGCCGAGUGAAGACGGGCAGCUCUUCAGCCAUGCCGAGAGCGACCGGCAACCGCUCCCUGUUGUCAUGGAAACUGCAUCUACAGAUAAACUGGAUACAGACCUGCUGAAGAAAUCCAUCGGUGACCUGGGUGACCCUUACACAUCUCUCCUGUCCAGUCAGAGUUACUCCUCCCAGCAAGACACCUCCUAUUUCUCGGGUGACCUGGGCAGAGGGGAACAGAAGUACCCAGAGGGCACUGAUGACCUCAUUCCUGGCCUGGAGUCCCAGUCUGCCAUGUUCAGCUCAGAUUCAGGCAUUGAGAUGACCCCGAGUGCCGAGCUUGGAUACAGUUCCCACAAGCUGCGUGACUCAGAUAAGCCUUCCGAUUCCACCUACAGCUACAUGGACAUCAGCAGCAGGGAGGAGCCACAGCGGCCCCUGGAGGACUGGGGAAUAAGAAAUGUCUCUGCCCCGCUGCCCAGCCUAGGCAGAGAGCGCUACCUGGAGAAGAGCCCCUCUCCAGUGGAGGUGGAGACCCUGGGCCCUGCGGCAGCACUGGACUCACAGAACAUGCCCUACGUCGAGGAGCCUUCAGAUGACGAGCUAAGUGACUACCAACCCUACCGCUCUCCAGGAGCCGAAGGCAACGCCAGCCCGGUCAAGAUCACCCUGACUGAGAUGCCAUCAGUGUCUCCCACCGCCACGCAGCGUACAACACCAGUCACAGUGUCAGAGAAAGAGAGCAUCCUGAGUCUGGGGCUGCAGGGAGUGCCCAUUGUCACCCUGUCCGAGCCAGAGGAUGAAAGUCCUGGCUCCUCCACACCACCUCUCACUGAAGAGUCUGACUCUCCAUCUGAUCCAGUGAUUCAGGCCAGCGAAAUGAAAACUGUAAGCUCCACUCAGGAGAAGAUUGUGGAGUCUUCUUUACCACCCUCUCAGACUGCCCUGAAGCAGAGUUCCUUAGAGGAGCGUAAGAGCAGCCCUUCUCUUCCCUUGUAUGCCAAGGAUGCUGAUGCCAGCGGUGGAGAAUCUGGCGACUCUGAGAUUGAGCUUGUAUCUGAAGAGCCUAGUCCACAGGCUCCCAGCUCUGGCUACAUGAGCUUCAGCAAAAGUCCCACCACCACUCCAUCACCCCCUGCUUCUACUCAAACCCCUGCUCCAGCCCCUGCUUCUGCCCCAUCUGCCCCUCCAGCCCCUGUACCUGCUCCUGCUGUGGUCCCUGUGACAUCCCCCAGCCCAGCCAUGCAAUACAGCAUCCUGCGGGAGGAGCGUGAGGCUGAACUUGACAGUGAGCUGGCCCUGGAAUCCUGUGGGGAAGAAAGCCCCAAGAGAUUCCCGCUGGACUCCACCACCGCCAAGCCAGGCAAGACCGACCCAGAUCUGCCUGAGCCUCCUUCCCCCUCAGCCACAGCCAGUGCUGCUCCCCCAGUGAGCCCCACCCCUCCUCCCUCUGCCCCUGCCCCAAGCAUCACUCCAAAAGAGAAGAGCUCGAGUGUGGAGGAGAAGCCCAAGCCUGGCAGCAGUCCCUCAGCCCCCAGCCCAAACCUGCCGGAGCUGAAGGUGGAGCAGCCUGCUGGGGAGAGACUUGGGGAGAGGAGACGAUCAAGCCAGAGUCGCCGUGGUUCCGAAAGACAUGCCACGCCCCCUGCUUUGUUCCAAGGCCUGACCAGAGAGAAAGCGAUGGCGCUGUUGUACUGGCGAGACCUGAAGCAGACGGGAUUGGUGUUUGGAAGUGUGUUGCUGUUGCUCUUCUCUCUGACUCAGUUCAGUGUGGUCAGUGUAGUAGCCUACCUGGCCCUAGCUGCCCUCUCUGCCACCAUCAGCUUCAGAGUCUACAAGUCUGUGCUUCAGGCUGUGCAGAAGACUGAUGAGGGACACCCCUUUAAGUCAUAUCUGGAGAUGGAGAUUUCACUGUCCCAUGAUCAGAUGCAGAAGUAUGCAGAGAACACCCAGCACUACAUUAACAGCACUCUGAAGGAGCUUCGCCGACUGUUUCUUGUGCAGGACCUGGUGGAUUCACUAAAGUUUGCAGUGCUCAUGUGGCUGUUGACCUAUGUAGGAGCACUCUUCAAUGGCCUCACUCUGCUCAUCAUGGCUGUGGUGUCCAUGUUUUCCAUGCCCGUGGUCUAUGAGAAAUACCAGGCACAGAUUGACCAGUAUUUGGGCCUAAUAAGAAAUCAAGUAAACUCAGUAGUGGGAAAGAUCCAGGAGAAGAUUCCCGGGGCCAAGCGAAAGGCUGAGUAAAGCCUAAAGGGCAGCUGGAGAACGCUAGGAGGCCCUGACCAGCCCUUCCUUUAUUACAGGGAGAGCUUACUGUUGGUCUGAGGGUUCCCCAACACACACACACACACACACACACACACACAUAUACACAUGCAAAUGUACAAGUUACUGGAGCAUAGUUCUACUUUGUGCACACUGUGGUGUCUAGAGCAACAGCCAAGCCGUUCAGAAGUCCCACCCUUGCCCAGUAACCGUAGAGGAAAAAAAAAGCAAAACGCAUUGUCACUCAAGCACUAAGCUCUAGUGAGAAAAACAAUCAAUGAAAUAUAGGAACAAGUUGAAACAAAAAAACAAACAAAAAAAAGACAAAAAAAAUGUGUUUUUUGUGUUGCUUAUUAAGUGCAUGAAGUCAAGAGUCUUAAGUGCUGAUGCAUUUCUUCUUUUCCUCUGGUUUUCUUUGUUCUUGGCUUUCUCAGCUAUGCUGAAGACGUUUCUCUGUAGUGUGUAAAGGAUCUCUUCAGCUUUAGUGCUCUCCUGUGAUAGUCUCUUCUUCUUCAAGAAAAGUCAAAAAAGCAGCUUUUUUGUCUCUGGGGCGUCGGGUGGGGCUUCUCUUCUCUCAAUAUACCUGAAAACAUAUAAACUUCAAUAUUACUUAAAUAACAGCUAGAUGCGUGGACCUGCUGAGGUUUACCUUCUUUGUGUGGCACAAGAGCAAAUAUUUAGCAAUGUUCUGAAUAGGUAUGGUAAACUAACUUGUAGUGUGUUUCUUUUUUUUUUACAUAUAUAUAUAUAUAACUCGUUACAGGAAUUUCAGAGACUCAUGGUUUUAGGUACUGUUGUCAGUCUUCUUUUAAGUAAAAUGCACACGAACAAGAGAGACGGAGGAGGAGGAAGCGUAAAGCGAACGAAUGCCAGCUUGGUGAUUCUGUCCAUCUUUGUACUAUGUUGAGUGUAGUUCUUCUUAGCCAUGGACUCUUAACUAUUUGCACUUAAAAUGUACUCAUUACUGAAUGCGGAAAUAAAUGUUCUUAAAUGUA